UCAAACAAGUAUUGUAACGUGAAUAUACCGAUACUUGAACGAUAAAGCAGAAAAACUCCGUUUGUUAUCAGUAUGAUAUUCUAAGAAUUUGUUCUGCACUGAUUUCAAUAUGGAAAGAUUGCUUCCGUACCCCGCCCGUCCCCUCUUUCGUGAAUUUCGUUGAAAACGUUACUUUGCUGCGCGUCUCGUGUUGAACCUUUUUGGGGGUAACGACAGCAGAAGCAGCACCUCAUCAGUGUGGCAUCUCUCGGAUGGGAAGGAACCCGUGUGUCGCCGAACAUACAGGGUCAGGAUGGAGGUGUCAAGGAGGCGGAUCUUACAGAAGCACCUGCAGCCAGCCAGACCACUGCGGCGCUGCAGCACUGACCAGGACCCCUGCUUUAGAAAUGCUGAGCCAUCUGUGUGUGGACAAGCAGGAGAAAAAAACAAUUAACAGUAUUGGAGUGGAACAGUUUUUUGAAAUCCUCCAUCUCCAAACUCAGACUCUACAAAAAGACUCCACCCCAACUAAAGUGAGGAUAUCUUACACUAGAGACUUCCUGAUUCAACUGGCCAGUUCCCCCAUUGCCAAAAGAAAACCGGACUUCUUACCAGAACAUCCUGUUGUUUUGGAAAAGGCGAGAGAACCUGGUGUGCCAAGGUUGGAGAAGAGGUCUGAUGAAAACAAUGAAAUGUUUGCCUAGGCUAACAUGGAGCUGGGAAGUCUGGUUGCUGCUGCUGCUUUUCAACCCACACACCACUACAACUUGCUCUGCCAUUGAGUGAUAUACCAACAACAACAAAAAAAUCCCAGUUGAGCCCAGAACACCACAGGCAUGGGAUGCGUCCCAAAUAGCACCCUAUGUCCUAUUUAGUGCACUACUUUUGACCAGGGCCGAUAGGGUUCAGAUCAUAAACGGCCAUGACCAUGAGAGUUGUAA